AUGGGAAGAUACUCAGUCAAACGAUACAAGACCAAGAGAAGAACCAAGGAUUUGGACCUUAUAUUUAACGAUCUAACGUCACCAGAAAGAAUCCACCAACUGCUGAAUCAACCUUUGGACGAAACUAAACCAGGUUUGGGACAGCACUACUGCAUCCAUUGCGACAUUUAUUUUGAAACGGCCUUCGCCCUCAAAACACAUUUAAAAGGUAAGGUACAUCGCCGCAGAGUAAAGGCGCUCAAGGGCGUGCCUUACACACAGGAAGUGUCUGACGCGGCGUCGGGGCUAAAUUUACAGAAGUUUCUAGAUAGAGUCCAGCAGAUCGGUGAGCAAAAAGGGCCUCAAAAGGAGGCCAACGAGGUCCAACUAAAAGAGCACCUGGACGCCAACCUGGCGAACGUCGCCACCACAGAGCCCACGCUGCCUCAUUUGGCGGAGGAACAACCGUUGGCUGCGAACCAACCUUCCGAAGGCACACAGAACGACAUCACGAUGCAAUGA